AUGGCUUCUCUCAAGCAAUUCAUUCGCAAUGUCCGAUCCGCCAAGACCAUUGCCGAUGAGCGAGCCGUGAUUCAGAAAGAGAGCGCAGCUAUUCGUGCCUCAUUUAGAGAGGAGAGCCACGACUCGAAUGUCCGGAGGAACAACGUGGCCAAAUUGCUGUACCUCUUUACUUUGGGAGAGCGGACUCACUUCGGACAGAUCGAAUGUUUGAAAUUACUCGCGUCACACCGGUUCGCCGACAAGCGACUGGGCUACCUGGGAACUAUGUUGUUGCUAGACGAGAAUCAGGAGGUGCUGACUCUCGUCACUAAUUCAUUGAAGAAUGAUCUCAACCACUCGAAUCAGUAUAUCGUUGGCCUCGCCCUCUGCGCCCUUGGAAAUAUUGCCUCCGUCGAGAUGUCUCGUGACCUCUUUCCCGAAGUCGAAAGUCUUAUGUCGACCGCCAACCCAUACAUUCGUCGGAAAGCCGCCCUUUGCGCCAUGCGGAUAUGUCGCAAGGUCCCUGACCUAUACGAGCACUUCCUUGAGAAGGCCAAGACGCUGCUAGGAGACCGGAACCAUGGUGUUCUGCUCUGUGGUUUGACUUUUGCAACUGAUCUGUGCGAAGCGGAGGAAGAAGAAGAGGGUCCGGAGGGUGUAAUUGAGGCGUUCCGGCCUCUCGCUGGGGGUCUGGUGCGCGCUCUGAAGGGACUCACCACAUCAGGAUACGCUCCGGAGCACGACGUAUCUGGAAUCACGGACCCUUUCCUUCAGGUCAAAAUCCUUCGUUUCCUUCGUGUUCUGGGCCGUGGCGAUGCGGCUACCAGUGAAUUGAUCAACGAUAUUCUGGCCCAAGUGGCAACCAAUACAGACUCGUCAAAGAAUGUGGGCAAUGCCAUUCUGUACGAGGCGGUUCUUACAAUCUUGGACAUUGAAGCGGACUCCGGCCUAAGAGUAUUGGGUGUGAACAUCCUUGGUAAAUUCUUGACUAACAAGGAUAAUAACAUCCGCUAUGUUGCAUUGAACACUUUGAACAAGGUCGUGGCGAUUGAGCCGAAUGCGGUCCAAAGACAUCGUAACACUAUCUUGGAAUGUUUGCGGGAUCCUGAUAUCAGCAUUCGCCGGCGAGCGCUCGAUCUCAGCUUUAUGUUGAUCAACGAGGACAAUGUGCGUGUGCUUGUCCGGGAGUUACUAGCCUUCCUGGAGGUGGCCGAUAAUGAAUUCAAGCCGGUGAUGACAACACAGAUUGGUAUCGCCGCGGAUCGAUUUGCUCCGAACAAGCGCUGGCAUAUGGACACCAUUCUCCGGGUUCUCAAGCUGGCUGGGAACUACGUCAAGGAGCAAAUCUUGUCCUCAUUCCUCCGUCUUAUCGCGACCACUCCGGAAUUGCAGACCUAUGCCGUUCAGAAACUUUACUCCUCAUUGAAGGAGGAUAUUUCACAAGAAGGACUGACCCUGGCGGCAACAUGGACGAUUGGUGAAUACGCCGAUAGUCUGCUGGAGGGUGGUCAGUUUGAGGAGGACGAACAGAUCAAGGACGUGCGGGAGAGCGACAUCGUGGACUUGUUCACCAAUAUCCUUAACAGCACAUAUGCCAACCAAAUCGUCAUCGAGUAUAUUACUACCGCAUCCAUGAAGCUGACCGUGCGCAUUUCUGAGCCAGCCCAGAUCGAGCGUCUGCGCCGCUUCCUCACUAGCCGCACGUCUGACUUGAGUGUCGAGAUCCAGCAGCGUGCGGUUGAAUACACCAACUUGUUCGGGUACGACGACAUCCGCCGCGGUGUAUUGGAGCGGAUGCCUGCCCCUGAGAUCCGUGAGGAGCAGCGCGUUCUCGGCGCUCCUGCCAAGAAACGCCAGAGCAAGGUCCUUCGCAGCAAGCCCACCAAGGUGGCAUCCAAGCCUGCUGAUCAUGACCUGCUUCUUGACCUGGUGGGUGGCUCCGACGCACCUGUUACCAGUCCGUCAUCGCAUGGAGGAAACACCGCCGAUCUGCUGGCAGAUAUCCUUGGCGGCGACUCAGGCUUGUCAUCGCCCGCUCCUACCCCUGCCCAAAACACAGGCAACCACAGCUCCAUCAUGGAUCUGUUCGGCUCAACUGGCGCCUCCCCUUCUCCCCAGCCAACACAGCAGCAGUCGGCUUCUCUGGAUCUUUUGGGUGGCGGUAUGGGAGCAUCCGCGCCCUCGCCUUCCGUCUCACCUGCUCCCGUGGCCGCCUCAACUCCUGCCCACACCGCGCUCAAUAAAGACGGCUUGGUGCUGACGCUUCAGGUCCAACGGAGCGGUCCCAACGCCCAGAUUCUCGCUCGUUUCCGCAACGAGUCUAACUUUGCGCGUUUCACCAAUGUCGGCCUGCAAGCUGCUGUACCAAAGAGCCAGCGUCUGCAACUGAGUGCCAUUAGCAAAGCUGACCUCGAAGCCGGCGAUGAGGCCACUCAGACAAUGCGUGUCACGGCACUGAACGGGGCCCUGCCACCUAAGCUUCGCCUCCGUCUCCGGGUCUCUUCUGCUCAAGACACGGCCGCUCCAGUCAUUGAUCAAGUAGACUGGUCUGAGCCGUGA